AAAGCUCAAUCGUUUAUAUAUACACGCCCCGCUGUGCAGAACACUCCCUCAACCAGUUUAAUAGUUUCAAAUGAUAUUCUUCUCUGCACAACUCGUCGCCUUUUCUCGUGCACUGACCAUUUGAUCUGCAUCUACGACAAUCUCUCACUAUGGUAUCUCAUAAGGAGUUUGAGACUGCUGGGAAAGCGCCUGGACUGCAGGUAUGGCGCAUUGAGAACAUGGACCUCAAGCCGGUCCCUAAAAAUCUCCAUGGCAACUUCUAUACGGGUGACGCCUACCUUCUGAUGUACACCACCACUGCACCCUCUUACUAUAUACACAUGUGGCUGGGGAAUGAGUGUUCUCAGGAUGAAAGUGGUGCAGCGGCUAUCUUUGCCACACAGCUGGAUGACUUCAUGGGGGGUGGUCCAGUUCAGUUCCGGGAGGUCCAAAAUAAUGAGUCACUCACUUUUCUGGGCUACUUUAAAUCUGGCAUCAAGUAUAAGAUAGGUGGGGUUGCGUCUGGCUUUCAUCACGUGUUGACCAAUGACGUCACUGUGAAGCGUCUGCUGCACAUCAAGGGCAGGAGGGCCAUCAGAGCCACGGAGGUGGAGAUGUCCUGGGCCAGUUUCAACAAAGGAGACUGCUUUAUUGUAGAUUUGGGGAAGGACAUUUAUCAGUGGUGUGGCAGUGACUGCAAUCGUUUUGAGCGUCUGAAGGCCUCUCAGUUGGCCAUCGAUAUUCGAGACAAUGAGAGGAACGGCAGGUCAAAACUGCACAUGGUGGAGGAUGGGGCAGAACCACAGGCUCUGACUGAUGCUCUUGGGCCCAAAUCCAACAUUGCCCCCUCAACUUCAGAUGAUGAGGAAGUGGACACUUCCAACAGGAAAAAGGGUGCACUGUACAUGAUCUCAGAUGACUCUGGUUCCAUGAAAACAUCUGUCGUGGCCCAGACCAGCCCGUUCAAGCAGGAGAUGCUCUCCCUCGAUGAGUGCUACAUCUUGGACAAUGGCGUUGAUAAAAAUGUGUUUGUAUGGAAAGGACCGAAUGCGAACACAGCUGAACGCAAAGCGGCUAUGAAGACAGCAGUGGAGUUCAUCAAAGAGAAGAACUACUCCAGCAAAACACAGAUCCAGGUGCUGCCUGCAGGGGGCGAGACUACUCUGUUCAAGCAGUUUUUCUCUAACUGGAAGGACAAGGACCAAACCACUGGCCCUACCAAGGCCUACACCAUAGGCAGAAUAGCCCAUGUAGAGCAGAUUCCUUUCGAUGCCUCUAGCCUGCAUAGUAACAAAGCCAUGGCAGCUCAGCACAACAUGGUUGAUGAUGGUUCUGGAAAAGUCCAGAUUUGGCGUGUGGAGGGAGGGGACCGUGUUCCAGUGGAUCCCUCAACCUACGGUCAGUUCUUUGGAGGAGACUGUUACCUGAUCCUCUACACUUAUAAACAGGGAAGCAGGGAACAGCAUAUCAUCUACACCUGGCAGGGUCUGAAAUGUACUCAGGAUGAGCUGGCAGCUUCUGCCUUCCUUACUGUCCAACUUGACGACUCCAUGGGAGGAGCUCCAGUUCAAGUGCGAGUGUCCCAGGGUCAGGAGCCCCCCCACCUGAUGAGUCUGUUCAAGGGCAAACCCAUGAUUAUCCAUAGUGGAGGGACGUCCCGCAAGGAUGGCCACACCACUCCGGGGAGUACGCGCCUCUUCCACAUCCGUCAGAGCUCGUCUCGAGCUACUCGUGCUGUAGAGGUUAGCCCCUCUGCAUCCAGCUUAAACACCAAUGAUGUCUUUGUGCUGAAGUCGCCAAACUCUUUGGUUGUGUGGAAAGGUUUAGGUGCCAGCGAUGAAGAAAUGGUCGCUGCCAAGUAUGUGGUGAGUGUCCUGGGAGGAAGUUUCACUGAUGUGGCCGAGGGUAAAGAACCAGCGGGAUUCUGGUCAGCUCUGGGAGGGAAGAAGGAAUACCAGACAUCUCCAAAUCUGCAGAAUAUGGUCAAACCAUCACGCCUGUUUGGUUGCUCCAACAAGACAGGCCGGCUAAUGGUUGAGGAAGUCCCUGGAGACUUCAGUCAGUCAGACCUGGCUACCGAUGAUGUCAUGUUGCUUGACACCUGGGAUCAGAUUUUCCUUUGGAUUGGUAAAGAAGCAAAUGAGGUAGAGAGGACAGAGUCACCAAAAAUAGCUAAGGACUAUGUGGACUCUGAUCCUUCUGGACGUCGUGGGUUGCCCAUCACAACCAUAAAGCAAGGGGCUGAGCCCCCGACCUUCACAGGCUGGUUCCAGGCUUGGGACACACAUAUGUGGGAUACUGACCCUCUGGAGAGAAUCCGAGCUUGCUUUUAAAUUAAAAAAUGUUCCCUCGUAUUUCUUUAAAAAACAAAAAUUGUGUCACACAUUCCUGCAGCAUGAAUUGCAACUUUCCUGAUGUUUCUACAAUACAAACACUUUAUUGAAAUACCAUCUCACUUAAAACAUUGAUAGAUUUUACAGUUACAGGCCCAGAUUUAUAUAUAACCUAGUCCAGUAAAAUUGAUUUUUGGCAAGUUGUUUAGCUGUGUUCAGUCAGGACCAGAACCAGCUUCCAUAGUGGAAGGAAACUUAACUCUAACAAAAACAUAUACAGAAGAAGCUAUUAUUUUAUAAAGUGAUACCAUAUUUAGUUGAAAGUCUAUAGACUAUUUAUUUCUGUUUUGGCUUACUGCUAUUUAAACUUAAUAAUGUCUAUGAGGGAACCACUUCUAGUGGCAUGUGGUUUUUAUACAGGAAAUUGAUACAUUUUAAAUGUAUGUUGAGCUUAAAUAAAGAGAAGAUGAAUCUAAA